GCGCGGGAGAGGAGCGGGGCCGAGGAACGGCGCGAGGCCGGUCGCGUGGCUCUCCGAACGGCUGCUGAGGGGCAACUGCCCAGUCUCGAGGCCGGGAUGCCGCGGGGGCGAAGCAGGCCCGGCCCAAGCGGCGGGGCCCGCGGGCAGCCGGUGCUAAGCAAGUUCUUCCAGGCGGCGGGAUCCCUUCGGGCAACCGCUUCCUCCUCGGCUGCCGCUGCCGCUGCCUCCGAAGAGGAGGAGAGAAGCGAGGGCUGUAUGGCGGCUGCAGGGGUUGCUCCGCACACGACUCAUGAACCUGAUGGGAAAAAGAGAAGAGUUGUGAACCAAGAACAUGCGGACAAAUGUUCAAAACUUCUGCAGAGUAGAAGAAAAGAAGAGGUCAAUAGAGUGAGUACUCUGAACACUGGAGAGCCAAACAAAUCUACCAGUUCCCAAAUAUGUUCAGAAACCUUAGAUAAACUACGAAAGUUCUCUUUCAAUUUGGAGCGUCCAAGAAAAAGAAUUCAUUCGGAGACUCUUCAUGGAAGUCCCUCUGUGGAUUUAAGCAAGUACCAGCAUUCUGUGGUUGGAAACAAUGGUAUAAGUGGCUCUCAACAUUCUCACGACAGUAACAAGGCAAAAAUGUGUCUAGAUAAAAGCCAAUUUUCUUCCUCUGAUUUGAGUUUGGAAAACACUCAAUAUGCAACUGAUACUACUCUUAAAAAAAGAAGCAAAAGUGUGUAUACACCCCUUGAGCUCCAGUUCCUAGAAAUUAAAAAUCAGUAUAAGGAUGCUAUUUUGUGUGUUGAGUGUGGUUACAAGUACAGAUUUUUCGGAGAAGAUGCAGAGAUUGCUGCUAAGGAGUUGAACAUCUUUUGCCAUAAAAAUCACAACCUUAUGACUGCCAGCAUACCAACUCACAGAUUAUUUGUUCAUGUUCGGCGUCUCGUAGCAAAGGGUUAUAAGGUAGGAGUUAUAAAACAAAUGGAAACAGCUGCUUUGAAGGCUGUUGGAGAAAACAGAAGCUCUCUCUUUAGCAGACAACUAACUGCACUGUAUACAAAAUCUACAGUUCUUGGAGAAGAUGUGAAUCCUCUGCGGAUGUUCGACAAUGCUAUGGAAGCUGAAGAAAUAUCUGAUGUCUGUGAUAAUUAUCUCCUGUGUGUGUCUGAAAGCAAAGACAGCUUAAGAAAUAAGAGCCAGGAAAAUGUUGUCAUAGGCAUAGUGGCAGCUCAGCCUACUACAGGAGAAGUUAUUUAUGACAGUUUUCAAGAUUCUGUAGGCCGUAUAGAGUUGGAAAGUCUAAUUUUACGCCUGCAGCCUGUUGAGAUUAUUCUUCCUGCAGAUGUGUCAGAUCAAACUGAAAAACUUAUCAAUACUGUGACUUCUGUAAGCAUACAGGAUGACAGAAUUCGGGUAGAGAGGAUGGAAAACAAGCAUUUUGAGUACAGCAAUGCUUUCCAACUGAUUACAAACUUCUAUGGAGACCGAGUACUUGAUAGUAAAGGUUCCCAAGCAUUGUCAGUGGUUUUAAACUUGGAUAAGUCAGUGCUAUGCUCCCUGGCUGCUGUAAUCAUGUAUCUUAAAGAAUUUAAUUUAGAAAAGAUACUCUACAACCCAAGUAAUUUUAAGAAGUUAUCAAGUGAAGCUGAAUAUAUGAUACUUAAUGGGUCUACAGUAAAUAAUCUUGAAAUCUUACAGAAUCAGACUGAUAAGAAAAAAAAAGGCAGCCUGUUUUGGGUCUUGGAUCAUACAAAAACUUCAUUUGGGCAACGAAGACUAAAGAAAUGGGUGACACAGCCUCUUUUGAAAUCCAGUGAAAUUAAUUCUCGACUUGAUGCGGUGUCGGAGGUCAUCCUAUCAGAAUCGAGUAUCUUUGGCCAAAUAAAGCACCUUCUAUGUAAGAUGCCAGAUGUUGAACGAGGACUCUGUAGUAUUUAUCACAAAAAGUGUUCCAUUCAAGAGUUCUAUCUGGUAGUCAGCACACUCUCUCAGUUGGAAACAACAAUCACAGCACUGGUUCCAGCUAUACGUACUCAGGUUCAAGCACCUUUAUUACAGAAGAGUCUUUUGGAAAUUCCAGAAUUGCUUUGUUCAACAAAGAAGUAUAUAAGCAUGCUUAAUGAAGCAGCAGCAAAAAGUGGAGACAAAACCCAACUGUUCAAGGAUCUUGAAGAAUUUCCCUUAAUAAGAAAGAGGAAGGAUGAGAUUCAGGAAGUUCACUCUCAGAUCCAGUUACACCUUCAGGAUAUACGAAGAACGCUAAAUUGUCCCUCUAAGGAUUAUGUUACAGUGUCAGGACAAGCAUUUCAGAUUGAAGUCAAGAACUCACUUUUAUCUUCUGUACCAUAUGAUUGGAUUAAAGUUAGCAGCACAAAAGCAGUCAGCCGCUUCCACACUCCUUUUAUUGUAGAAAAUUACAGGCAUUUGAAUCAGCUACGUGAGCAGCUAGUCCUUGACUGCAGUGCUGAAUGGCUACGCUUUUUAGAUGAUUUUAACGACCAUUACUACACAAUAUCUAAAGCUGUGGGUCACCUAGCAACUGUGGACUGUAUAUUUUCCCUGGCUGAGGUUGCCAAACAAGGAGACUACUGCAGACCUGUCAUAAAAGAUGGAAGGUCAGAGAUAAUGAUAAAAAAUGGGAAGCACCCUGUGAUUGAUGUGUUAUUGGGAGAGCAAGAGCAGUAUGUUCCAAAUGAUACACAUUUAUCAGAAGACGGUCAAAGGGUAAUGAUAAUUACUGGACCUAACAUGGGUGGAAAGAGCUCUUACAUAAAGCAGGUUGCAUUGAUCACAGUCAUGGCACAAAUUGGUUCCUAUGUACCAGCUGAGGAAGCAAGAAUUGGUAUUGUGACUGGUAUAUUUACCAGAAUGGGUGCCACAGACAACAUAUUCAAAGGUCAAAGCACAUUUAUGGAAGAACUGACAGAAACAGCUGAUAUAAUUACUAAAGCAACUUCCAAUUCACUAGUAAUUUUGGAUGAACUGGGGAGAGGAACUAGCACACAUGAUGGAAUUGCAAUUGCUUAUGCUACCCUGGAAUACUUUAUUAGAGAUGUUGGUUCAUUGACACUGUUUGUCACCCAUUAUCCUCCAGUGUGUGAAUUAGAAAGGGCCUACCUGAGACAAGUUGGGAAUUACCAUAUGGCUUUUCUGGUGAAUGAAGAUGAUCGUGAACAAGAAAGGGGAUCUGAAGGUGAAGAAAAUCCUGAAUUUGUCACUUUCCUUUAUCAAAUAACAAGGGAAGUUGCCACAAAGAGUUAUGGGCUAAACGUUGCUAAACUAGCAGAUGUUCCUGAUGAAAUUCUUAAAAAGGCAGCUCGCAAAUCAAAAGAACUAGAGAGAUUAGAGAAUAUGAAAAGAAAAAGGCUGAUGACCUUUGUUAAAAUAUGGAAUACUACCAAUUCUGGAGAACUGCAAAGAUGGAAAAGUAUGUGCGAAACAGAUAAUGAUUUCAGCCAACUUUAAAGAUUCCUUAAAACCUGCCAAUAGAAAAUGGAAAUAGCAUAGAAGAUUUAAAUUAAUUUAUUAUACAAAGCAAUAUAUUCAUGCAGUGAAAUUUCAAAUCAUAGGUGUGUAUCUGAUGAAUGGGUGGUUCACAUGGACAUUUUUUUCAUUUCAUUCAUGCAAACUGUCUCCAGUGAUGUAGUUAUGUGGAGUAGCAUACUAUGUGCCAGAUAAGUAGAAGA